UUGCCAUCUCCAGAAAGUCGAAGCGUCUCUUACUUGAAACAAUUUUAAAAACCGAGCUAACUAUACAAGUCACUCAACUACUCCGACAUAGAAAUUUUUCGUUUCUUCCAACAUGAAACAGUUGAAAAUUAUGGGCUGUUCCGCAAUUGUACUAUUACUGUUCUGUUUAACUUCAACUGAUGGCUUUCUCGAAACGCGAAACUCACGAAAUUUUUUUGGAAGCAUUUGGCAACGGUCGUUAAGAACUUCAGAUGGAGGAAGAGAACCUGAGAGGUUUAUAGAGACUUUAAGAUCACUCCCUCACGAAAAAAAUCGAGUUGAUCAAAUUCAACUGUCAACUGGUGAUGCUCGACAACUGGACAAACUAGACUCUAGAAGACGAUUAACUGAGAGAAUUUUACGAAAUGAACAAGAAAUUCGGACCAUUACGACUGACCUAAAAGACAGACGAGAUACUCGAGCAACUGGCAACAGGCGAACAGUUCGAGAGGUUUCAUCGAACAGGAUUCGACAGUUUGAGCGAGAAUCUCGUCAAAUAAGAUCUCUUUCAGCUGAUUCGUCUGAAUUUCGUCAACUGAACUUUCGAGAUCGGCAAGAAAGACGAGAAGUUAACAACUUAAAUGACAGGCGACGUGAAGUUCGUUCUGUUUCUUCUGAUCGAAUUCGAGAAUCUCAGCAACUGAACAGUCGAGAUAGUCGAACAACUGACAGUUCUCGCCGCCAACUAGAUGACCGUGAUUUACGUCGAGUUAACAACUUAAGUGACAGUAGGCGAGAAACUCGCUCUAUUUCUUCUGACAGAAUUCGAACAACUGAACCAGAACCUCGUCAACUGAAUAUUCGAAAUGCACGAGAAAGGCGAGAAGUUAACAACUUAAAUGACAGACGACGAGAAGUUCGUUCUGUUUCUUCUGAUAGAAUUAGAAAAACUCAACAACUGAACAUUCGAGAUAGUCGAACAACUGACAGUUCUCGCCGCCAACUAGAAAAACGCGACUCUCGUCGAGUUAACAACUUAAGUGGCAGUAGGCGAAAAACUCGCUCUAUUUCAUCUGACAGAAUUCCAACAACUGAACCAGAAUCUCGUGAACUGAAUAUUCAAGAAAGGCGAGAAGUUAACAACUUAAAUGACAGACGAGGUGAAGUUCGUUCUGUUUCUUCUGAUCGUAUUCGAGAAUCACAACAACUGAACAGUCGAGAUAGUCGAACAACUGACAGUUCUCGCCGCCAACUAGAAGACCGCGACUCUCGUCGAGUUAACAACUUAAGUGACAGUAGGCGAGAAAUUCGCUCUAUUUCUUCUGACAGAAUUCGAACAACUGAACCAGAAUCUCGUCAACUGAAUAUUCGAAAUGCACGAGAAAGGCGAGAAAUUAACAACUCAAAUGACAGACGACGAGAAGUUCGUUCUGUUUCUUCUGAUAGAAUUAGAAAAACUCAACAACUGAACAUUCGAGAUAGUCGAACAACUGACAGUUUUCGCCGCCAACUAGAAAAACGCGACUCUCGUCGAGUUAACAACUUAAGUGACAGUAGGCGAAAAACUCGCUCUAUUUCAUCUGACAGAAUUCCAACAACUGAACCAGAAUCUCGUGAACUGAAUAUUCAAGAAAGGCGAGAAGUUAACAACUUAAAUGACAGACGAGGUGAAGUUCGUUCUGUUUCUUCUGAUCGUAUUCGAGAAUCACAACAACUGAACAGUCGAGAUAGUCGAAUAACUGACAGUUCUCGCCGCCAACUAGAAGACCGCGACUCUCGUCGAGUUAACAACUUAAGUGACAGUAGGCGAGAAAUUCGCUCUAUUUCUUCUGACAGAAUUCGAACAACUGAACCAGAAUCUCGUCAACUGAAUAUUCGAAAUGCACGAGAAAGGCGAGAAAUUAACAACUCAAAUGACAGACGACGAGAAGUUCGUUCUGUUUCUUCUGAUAGAAUUAGAAAAACUCAACAACUGAACAUUCGAGAUAGUCGAACAACUGACAGUUCUCGCCGCCAACUAGAAGACCGCGACUCUCGUCGAGUUAACAACUUAAGUGACAGUAGGCGAGAAAUUCGCUCUAUUUCUUCUGACAGAAUUCGAACAACUGAACCAGAAUCUCGUCAACUGAAUAUUCGAAAUGCACGAGAAAGGCGAGAAAUUAACAACUCAAAUGACAGACGACGAGAAGUUCGUUCUGUUUCUUCUGAUAGAAUUAGAAAAACUCAACAACUGAACAUUCGAGAUAGUCGAACAACUGACAGUUCUCGCCGCCAACUAGAAGACCGCGACUCUCGUCGAGUUAACAACUUAAGUGACAGUAGGCGAGAAAUUCGCUCUAUUUCUUCUGACAGAAUUCGAACAACUGAACCAGAAUCUCGUCAACUGAAUAUUCGAAAUGCACGAGAAAGGCGACAAGUUAACAACUUAAAUGACAGACGACGAGAAGUUCGUUCUGUUUCUUCUGAUAGAAUUAGAAAAACUCAACAACUGAACAUUCGAGAUAGUCGAACAACUGACAGUUCUCGCCGCCAACUAGAAGACCGCGACUCUCGUCGAGUUAACAACUUAAGUGACAGUAGGCGAGAAACUCGCUCUAUUUCAUCUGACAGAAUUCGAACAACUGAACCAGAAUCUCGUCAACUGAAUAUUCGAGAUGCACGAGAAAGGCGAGAAGUUAACAACUUAAAUGACAGACGACGAGAAGUUCGUUCUGUUUCUUCUGAUCGUAUUCGAGAAUCACAACAACUGAACAGUCGAGAUAGUCGAACAACUGACAGUUCUCGCCGCCAACUAGAUGACCGUGAUUUACGUCGAGUUAACAACUUAAGUGACAGUAGGCGAGAAACUCGCUCUAUUUCUUCUGACAGAAUUCGAACAACUGAACCAAAAUCUCGUCAACUGAAUAUUCGAGAUGCACGAGAAAGGCGAGAAGUUAACAACUCAAAUGACAGACGACGAGAAGUUCGUUCUGUUUCUUCUGAUCGAAUUCGAGAAACUCAACAACUGAACAUUCGAGAUAGUCGAACAACUGACAGUUCUCGUCGCCAAUUAGAAGACCGCGACUCUCGUCGUGUUAACAACUUAAGUGACAGAAGGCGAGAAACUCGCUCUAUUUCAUCUGAGAGAAGUCGAACAACUGAACCGGAAUCUCGUCAACUGAAUAUUCGAGAUGCACGAGAAAGGCGAGAAGUUAACAACUUAAAUGACAGGCGACGAGAAGUUCGUUCUGUUUCUUCUGAUCGAAUUCGAGAAACUCAACAACUGAACAGUCGAGAUAGUCGAACAACUGACAGUUCUCGCCGCCAACUAGAAGAACGCGACUCUCGUCGAGUUAACAACUUAAGUGACAGAAGGCGAGAAACUCGAUCAGUUUCGUUUGAUCGAAUUCGAGAAUCUCGUGAAUCACGUCGAGUGAACAACUUGAGACGAGAGAUUGAUCGAAUUCGAGAAACUGAGCACGAAAGAAGGGAAAUUCGCUCAGUUUCUUUGGCUCAAAACAACCGAGACCGUCGUCUGAGCGACGCCACUCGCCACAUUUUGACUUUGUCACCCAAAGACGAAAACAACAAUUUUGCAAGAACAGUGCAAACACCAACUGAAAGAAGGAUGGCCACUUCUUUCACACACGAUAUUGACUACAUCCCCGAAUUGAAAUCAAGUGUGUUGCUAAAUACCAUCAAAGCAGUGCUGCUAUCGUUUCUCCUAGUCCAAGUUGUUAGCAAUUCUUCCAAAAGUAAAAAGACUUGGUUUUCUAACUUGAGUAACUUCGUGACCGUCACUAAGGAUAAGGUACUUUAAAUUAAAGGUUUUUUGACGAAAUCUGUUAAGAUUAUUUGUUACUAAAAAAGGAUUAUAUUUUGUUACAAAAGCCGCAAGAUUCUCAAACUUUGAACACAAAUAACGACAACCGCUAUGCUCUUUGUACCUUCUUAAUAA